AAACUUCACAAGUGUUGUUGUCUUAGAGAUAAAGAUUAAGAGAGAGAAAGUAAUGCCACCAAAGAAGAACAAUUACCUACUCUCUCUCUCUCCCUCUCUCUCUCUCGGGUAGGAGGGACUAGGGAGGCAGGAGUAAGAAAAAGAUUAUGGGGGGACAGCGCACACAAGGGACACGUGUCACGGGCCCAUUUCAUUUUCAGCCACAAAAACUCCUACUGUCCACCACCAAAGAUCCUUUUGCUCCUCCGACCUUCUCGACCUUUCUAUUACGACUAUUUUAUUAUUACAACAAAAAUUAAUAUACGUAAAUUUGGGAAAGAAAAAUCCAGCCUAGUCCUACGUGGGCAUCCCCUCUUCCUAUUCUUUUCCCCUUUCGUUUCAUUUCUUCCGUCUCCAUUUAUACGCCAUUCACACUUACUGUUCCCCUCUCUCUCUCUCUGCUUUCUCUCAGUUCUUCUCGUUUCUUUGAUUCUUGUUUAGGCCUUUUUUCUCCACACUUCUCAAACUGUUUGAUACUCUGGGGAGGUGUUUACUCUGAGGAGUAAAGCUCGGUCCUUUGUGUUUGUAUUAGUUUCGCAUUUUGCCCGUUUCGUCUUCUUGUAUCAGCAAUUCUUGGAGCUAUGGUUGCUGAAGCUAAGGUAGGAGAAGUGGGGACUACUCAAAUUGUUGAUCUGUAAUCAGAUUUGUGCUUACAAGUGUUUAUCUUCUUCUAGCUGAUGCUAGAUUAUACUCUGGAGAAAAUCAAUGCUGUAGGCUUCUGUAUGGAUCAAACUGCAGGCCCUUGCCGAGAUGCCUUUGUUGCAGUUAGCUCGCAACUGGAAUCUGUGACUACUCAAUCUAAGGCCUUAUCAUCUAAUGGAAAUGGCUAUGCGCCUAAGGUGAGAAAACCCUAUACCAUCACAAAACAGAGAGAAAGAUGGACAGAGGAAGAACAUAAAAGGUUUGUUGAAGCUCUGAAGCUGUAUGGUCGUGCCUGGCGCCAAAUAGAAGAACAUGUGGCCACCAAGACUGCCAUCCAAAUCCGGAGUCACGCCCAAAAGUUCUUUGCUAAGGUCACUCGGGAUCCAUGUGUUGAUGCUGAAGGAUCUCUGAGUCCAAUUGAGAUCCCCCCUCCUCGCCCCAAAAAGAAACCUUUACACCCUUACCCUCGUAAAACAGUUGAUCCAGCUAAUACAGAAGUCGUGGUCUCAAAUCAAGUAGGAGGCACGACUGAAUCUGCUGCUGAAAGAGAGAACUACUCUCCUACCUCAGUUUUUUCAGCAAUCGGUUCUGAUAAUUUAGAAUCUACAGUUGCUGAGAUGCAUAAAUCUCGCCUUUCGCCAGCUUCAUGUGCAACUGAUGCUCUUUCUGGUAAUGAUAACGAAUAUGCGACCUCAAACAUAUCUUCUAAAGAGGAGGAUGGCUUUCAUUUAUCAAUGAAAAUAUCUUCGGCUUCAGUCCCUGAUAAUAAAACCACCAUGAAGUUUGAAUUGUUUCCUCAAGAGACAGAAUCUUCUCUGGAUUCUCCAAAUGCUGGAGAACCUUAUACAAGUAUUAAAUUGUUCGGAAAGACAGUUGUGGUAAGAGAUACUCCAAAACAGCCUUUAGAUGUUGUGGAGAACUCUGAAUCGUUACUGCCUGGUGCUGUUGAUGAUAAGUCUGAGAACAAUAAUGACAAGUUUGCUCAGGGGUUAAGUCCCAACAACUUAGAUUCACGUGUUGUUUUUGGAUUUGUUUCAAACAGUUCAUCUCCUGCCUGUUUGCCACCUCAGCCACUGGCAAACAUUUAUUGCCCCAUGGAGAACUUAAUCACUUUGCCCUGGUCUACUUGGUACCAUAGUACAGCUUUCCCCUAUUCAUCAUCUUAUAACAACACAGUCAUAGAGAAUUUUGAAGGAUUAAAAGAUGAAGAGCUUCAGAGGGAAGGUUCUUUAGUUGGUUCAAACAGCGGGUCAACUGGUGAAGUCAACAAUGAUAAUCGAAAUAGUGAUGUUGUUGAUUCGAAGCAGCUUUCGAGUCCUGGGAAAAAAGAAUGCGGAAAAGGUUUUGUGCCAUACAAGCGAUGUUUGGCAGAGAGGGAUGAUAAAUUAUCCAUAUCUUUCCUACAGGAACGGGAGGGUCAAAGAGCCCGUGUUUGCUCAUAGCACUCUGGUACAAUUAUACUUCUUUUAACACUUUAACCUGCGUUGAUGUUUCAGCAUAAAGUUAUAUUACCUUUUCUGCACCCUUCCGAGUUGCCAUUCUUGUCGAGGAGUCUAGUCUUACAUUUAGCUAUGAGAUGGUUUCAGGAAUGCAACAACUGUACCUAGCAUUGACAACUUUCUUGACUUACAAUUUGAUGGAUAGUGAAGAUAAUGAAGGAUUGCUGCCAGUUCUGAUCUAAUUUCCUGUAGCUCAUUGGUCAACUCCUCAAUUAGUAGGCGGCUACACCACGAGAACACAAUUGUAUUGAGUAAUUGCCUUCUUGAGAAAGACAUUUUGUUUCAGAUUUUUUGUAGUUUCACACUGUAACUUGAGACUUGUGUAACUUUUAUUUUCUAAUUUUUGCUGCAAAUGCAGUUUCUUUCUUUUAUCAUUGAUCCACAAUUUUGAUA